GUUUCACUGGUCAGCCUAUUCAUACUUUUCUUCAUGUUCACAAUCAACCGCUUCCGACUAACUGCAUUGGCCCGCAGAACACCGUGUAUACGUUCCUAUUCAAAAAAGUCCCCAGUAAUUCGACCAACUCCGAGUCAAAAUCAGAGCACUGAGCAAGAUGAUGGAGACUUCCGUCCACCAUGGGUGUACUCCGCAUCCCACAUCCUCACCUAUACCCUGAUACCCACUGCUAUAGUCUAUUGUGUCUUCCUUGCUGAUUGGGGCGAACGGGAACAUGUCUUCUCGCCAGUGCGCAGAUGGACAAUGAAAUACAAGGAAUCUUUUCUCUCUCUUUCUCCAGACGAAGCCUCCUUGAUUGAAGAGUCACAACCGCCGACGACCACAGAAAUACCGGUUACAACAGGAAAUCAGGCAGAAGGCCGUCCUUCAUGAACGACGUGUCUUCAACUUGCUGAAGGAUGCAUUUCGUUUGCCUUUGGAUUUCAACACCCUGCCCAGUAGUAAUGAUGAGAGAGAGCCAUAUGUUUAGAAGCCAUCCUGUGGUAGUAAUAUCUUCGGUAGACAAAAGACAAAGAGAUAUCAUCACUCUUUCUGAGA